UCGCACGCCACGGUGAUUUGGUUCUACUCGCACGAGUACUACUAUCCGGGUACCACUAUCUUACUGCCAUGGACUUGGACGUUGUCGUGCUCGGGAGUGGUUUGACAGAAUCAAUAGUCGCUGCUGCGCUAUCCAAAGCUGGAUAUAAAGUAGGACACAUCGACGCGAACCCGUAUUACGGCGACGACGAUGCUUCGCUGUCUAUAGAUGAGCUUAUUACCUGGGCUGAUGAGCGAGCCUCGGGGAAGGAGCCUUCGUCGACAUAUCUUCAUAGUCAGCGCAAACGAUUCACGAACAUCUCAUACUCUGGGGCUGUGCCUUCUCAAUCUCGACAAUACGCUAUAUCACUCUAUCCGACGAUCAUCCCUUCGAUCGGCCCUCUCAUCGACAACCUGAUAGCCUCCGGAGUUUCACGUUAUGGUGGCUUCAAGCUUCUUGAACAAGUUGCGCUGUACGAGAGUACAGGAGUCGCGAAGCCUGUCCCGGGGAACAAAGAGGAUAUCUUCAAGAACAGGCAGCUUAGCCUCGUGCAAAAGCGACGCUUGAUGCGCUUCCUCAUGUUUGCAGGCAAAGACUUCGAAGACAUGCCGGAACUACAGACAUACGAGCAGACGCCCUUCCCGACCUUCCUCAAGGACAAAUUCUCUCUAGACGAGGAGGCGAUACGAGCCAUCACAUAUGCCCUUGCGUUCUGCGUCUCCCACAACGGCAAGUACCCUACUCUCCCUGCAUUACACCGUAUCAGGCGAUAUUUGCGAUCUAACGGUCGAUAUGGCCCUUCCUCGUUCCUAAUGGGGCACUAUGGAGGUGUCGGCGAGAUCGCUCAAGGAUUCUGUAGGACGGCAGCUGUCGCUGGAGCAACGUAUAUCUUGGGCCGUCAGGUCGCGUCCGUGGAGUGCAAUGAGUCGUCAAGCACGAAGCAGAAGAGGUAUACACUACGACUUGAGGACUUACCGGAAAUCAUGAAUUGCGAUGUGCUCGUCAGUAGUCUGAAUUACGCCAGUGUCCUCCCAUCGCACGCGACUUCUAUCGCGACUGUUCCACCCUCCACCAGCCGUAAUGACUGUGUUUGGGCGCGAUGCAUAGCCGUCCUCGACCGACCAUUGUCAUUUUCUAUGCUGCACGCGUCUUCUGAGGUUCCAGAAGAGGCUCCACAGGACGAGACAAAGGACGAGGGCGGUGACUCUUCCUCGUCUCCCUCGAAGGAGGUCGAUACGGCUGUUCUCGUCUUCCCUCCAUCUGCUGUCCCAACAAGCGCCCAGUCAGCUGCCGUUCAUGUCUUGGUCACGGGAGAGGCUAGCAUGGCCUGCCCAAGAGAGAAAUGGGUCUUGUACAUUUCCAUGCCUCUCAUAGAGGCCAACGCCGACGAGCGCAGUCCCGAGGAGCUACUCCGGCCAUUCCUUGAUGCCACUCUCAGUCUCUGCCACUCAGAGCCUGCGGAAGAGGAACUAGCCUCGCCUGUGAAUCCUCUGUUCACUCUAUUCUACAAGCAACGACCAUACCCGAGGCUAUCUCCCCAAGGGAGCUCGGCCGAUCUCGCACCUCUGCUGUCCGAGCCACUGGACUCAGCACAUCUCCCAGAGAUCGCAGAUUCUAUGGUCGCUUCCGCCGAAGCGACGUUUUGGCGUACGGUGGAGCAGCUGAAGGCGGCAGGCUGCAAGCCCCAGCGCAAAGCCGAGGAGGAUGGACAGGAGAGCCAAGAUGCUCCCGAGAUAGACAGCUUAUGGCCGCCACUGGAUCAAGUAGAGGAAGAAGAAGAGUGGUAACUUCUGCUAGAAAGGUGUCAGAUCAUAACACAAUGUACAUUAAUAUCGCUGCAUCAAUGACGUCCUACCAUAACAUCAUC